AUGGUUGAGUGUGGGCAAGAGGGUGAAGUGGCAUCCUGUGAGCUAGAUAAAGGAAGCAAGGAGGAGGCUAAAGCUGGAGCGCAACUACUUCUCCCAGUCCAGCUCAAAAGCGGCUACUGGCGGAUUGUUCCUUGCUUGUUGAGCGUUCUUUUUGCCUUUGUGUUUCUAGAUGGUACACAUGGGAGCCCAGACCUGAGAAUUUCAGAAGCCUCUCUGGCUGUCCUAAGCCUUCCUCAUAAUGAGCUUAACGUUGGUGACAAUACAGAGGUCUGCCAAGGUCUGGAUCCAUUGAUGCCACAGAGCCUAAUUAUACCUGGUGCAAGACGGUGCUACACGGGAAUUCAGGAAAUCUACGCUGGCCUAAUAUAUCAGGAACUAGAGGAAAACAACGCAAUAUGCAUCAUACACAGUCCAGCAGAGUCAGAUAGCUUACAUAUGCAUAGUGGUCACUCUAAGGGGUUUAAGGAAGGACUGGGUGCUUCAGGUAGCAUUGUAAGAGCGGAAUUCGUCUGUGGUGAAGGAUGUAACGCAGCAGCUGACUCGCCUAACAAGGGUCCCUUGGCUGAGUUACCUAUCACGUUCCCUCUAACAAUCUUGGCCGAUAAACAGGAUGCGACGCACUUCCACAUGUGCCUCUCCUCUCCAGGCAUCCUGACGGUGGUUGAUGGAGUGUCCUACGUUCCUACACUUGUGCCCGUUGAUGUGUUGACACAGCAGCCCCUAACGCUUGAACCAAUAGUGUGGACAGGCUCUAGUGAGAAAGAAAUGCCUAGUUCACAAAGUACUGCACCUAUGGAUAGCUGGUUGAGAAGUGGUCGGCUAGAAAUCGGAGCUGUCGCGUCUCGCGUUGCUCCUAGUCCCUGGGAGUACUUCACCUGCUCGGAUUGUCUUGUUGCGGGCGUCGCCAUCUGUGAAAAGCAGAGGCAGCAAAUGGCAAGAGAGGCCAGUGCUCUUGUGGAGGCACAAGCAAAUGACAUAACGGCCCCCACACUGGGGGUUGCAACAAUGGGUUCGCACCAAAAACGCGCUGCUGACUCAUGGAAGUUCGGGAACAACCUCUUAGGAGUCCCUGAAGCAACAACAGCUCGUCAAGUGAUGCACAUCGAGCCGCUUGCUCUUCAAAUGGAAGAUAUAGCAUAUCUCAUGGAAACCGUGGUUCCUGUAUUGUAUCCUGCAUUGGAAGAGACGCUGCGAGACCGCCCUGAGAACCCAUUGGCAUCAAUUGCUUUCUAUCUCCUUAGGCACGCCACAGGCUAUUCGCGUACAUCCACUAGCCUUCAAGAGCAUGCAGCACCUUCUGGCAUUUACCCGUUUGCAUUGUAG